CAGUCGCUGCUGCAAGCAGAGCAGAUCUGCACGGAGAAGACGAGCGGAGCUAGAAGAGGACGGUGCGCUGCUCUCCAGGCUCCCUUCGGCGCUCAGUGGCGCGGGUACUGACCGCGGGGCCCUCGGACCGGCCCGGGCUCGGGGCGCCGGGCUCGGGACCAUGGCGCUGCGCGCCCGGGCGCUCUACGACUUUAGGUCUGAGAACCCCGGUGAGAUCUCACUGCGGGAGCACGAGGUAUUGAGCUUGUGCAGCGAGCAGGACAUCGAGGGCUGGCUCGAAGGGAUCAACAGCCGCGGCGACCGCGGUCUCUUCCCGGCCUCGUACGUACAGGUGAUCCGUGCGCCCGAGCCUGGCCCUCCGGCCGACGGCGGAUCCGGAGCUCCGGCCCGCUACGCCAACGUGCCGCCGGGCGGCUUCGAGCCUUUGCCAGCCGCGCCGCCCGCCGCCUUCCAGCCGCUGCUGCAGCCGCAGGCGUCGCCGAGUUCCUUCCAGCCGCCGGGUGCUGGCUUUCCUUACGGCGGGGGCGCCCUACAGCCUUCGCCCCAACAGCUUUACGGUGGUUACCAGGCCAGCCUGGGCAGCGACGAUGACUGGGACGACGAGUGGGACGACAGCUCCACGGUGGCCGACGAGCCAGGCGCGCUGGGCAGCGGCGCGUACCCGGACCUCGACGGCUCGUCGUCGGCGGGCGGCGGCGCUGCCGGCCGCUACCGCCUGUCCACACGCUCGGACCUGUCGCUGGGCUCCCGCGGUGUCUCGGCGCCCCCGCCGCAUCAAGCGUCUGGAGCCAAGAGCUCUGCCACGGUGAGCCGCAACCUCAAUCGCUUCUCCACCUUCGUCAAGUCGGGCGGGGAGGCCUUCGUGCUGGGAGAGGCGUCGGGCUUCGUGAAGGAUGGGGACAAGCUGUGCGUGGUGCUGGGGCCCUAUGGCCCCGAGUGGCAGGAAAACCCCUAUCCCUUCCAGUGCACCAUUGACGACCCCACCAAGCAGACCAAGUUCAAGGGCAUGAAGAGCUACAUCUCUUACAAGCUGGUGCCUACGCAUACCCAGGUGCCCGUGCACAGGCGCUAUAAGCACUUCGACUGGUUGUAUGCGCGCCUGGCCGAGAAAUUCCCGGUCAUCUCGGUGCCCCAUCUGCCCGAGAAGCAGGCCACUGGGCGCUUCGAGGAGGACUUCAUCUCCAAGCGCAGGAAGGGUCUGAUCUGGUGGAUGAACCACAUGGCCAGCCACCCGGUGCUGGCGCAGUGCGACGUCUUCCAGCAUUUCCUGACCUGCCCCAGCAGCACUGACGAGAAGGCCUGGAAACAGGGUAAGCGGAAGGCUGAGAAGGAUGAGAUGGUGGGCGCCAACUUCUUCCUCACUCUGAGCACACCACCUGCCGCCGCCCUGGACCUGCAGGAGGUGGAGAGCAAGAUCGAUGGCUUCAAAUGCUUCACCAAGAAGAUGGAUGACAGCGCGUUGCAGCUCAACCACACUGCCAACGAGUUUGCGCGCAAGCAGGUGACUGGCUUCAAAAAGGAGUAUCAGAAGGUGGGCCAGUCCUUCCGGGGCCUUAGCCAAGCCUUUGAGUUGGAUCAGCAGGCCUUCUCCGUGGGUCUGAAUCAGGCCAUCGCCUUUACUGGAGACGCCUAUGAUGCCAUCGGCGAACUCUUCGCUGAGCAGCCCAGGCAGGACCUGGACCCAGUCAUGGACCUGUUAGCACUGUAUCAGGGGCACCUGGCCAACUUCCCAGACAUCAUCCAUGUCCAGAAAGGAGCUCUUACCAAAGUGAAGGAGAGUAGGCGGCACGUGGAAGAAGGGAAGAUGGAGGUCCAGAAAGCCGACGGCAUUCAAGACCGCUGUAACACUAUUUCCUUCGCCACGUUGGCUGAGAUUCAUCACUUCCAUCAAAUUAGAGUAAGAGACUUUAAAUCACAGAUGCAGCAUUUUUUACAACAACAAAUAAUAUUUUUCCAAAAAGUGACCCAGAAGUUGGAAGAAGCUCUUCACAAAUACGACAGCGUCUAAUGACCACACAUGGGACUGCACUCUUGUUUCCAGUUCAAGGGUAAUCUCCACAGCAGAACAAAACUGCUUUCUAAGAGCUAUUGCCAACUAUAUAGGUGGUGGUACAAGGACGGCUUUGUGUUCAGCUGGAACCUGGCUGGAUAUAUAAUUAUGUAGGAAAGAAGCAGUUAAUAUGGUUAUGUAGCAGAGAUAGUACCACACUUUGUAACUAAAUUAUACUAUGUAUGCCUACACUACCAUUGUAACUUUUGGAUAAUGAUUAUACUAUUUGCCUUAUUGCUUUUUGAAGUAUGGAUAUAUUAGUGUAUACUUUGUAGACCUCAAAACCCAUGAAGAGUCUCAAAGAAGCUGGCUGGAUAAAAGCCUGCUGUGGAUGCCUUCUUAGUCUCCUAGAUCGAGAUGACCUAAAUUCAACCUAUUCUCUGUUUACAAACUCCAACUAGAGCAGCUAUGCGACUUUGUGCCUUUAGACCGGUUGUUUUCCUUUCUGUCCCACCUGUGUUUGAGCCCCAACUUUUCUGAUGGCAGGAGUGAAAGGCAGGCGCAUUGAUGACAAGCCGAUGAAAAACUCCCAUUUCUGGGGGCGGUGGGAGAAGCAGUGGCCAUCACUUUGCACAGGAAGCGUCACCUGGUAAGAUGCUGGCAGUUACAGAGGCAUGACACGUCUCUGGAUGUGAAGUCUCGUAGGGGAGAAGGCAGUGCACCAUAUUCCCUUACAGCUGUAGUACAUGACCUCGACUCAAGGGUCGCACAGACUGGACCUGAGGAUUUCAGCAAUGCCCUUAGCACGUGGAGAAGGAGGAAUCCGAUCGGAGAUAAAGUAUAGAAACAGUGGGUGACAACGCACUCCGUCUUAGUUUGGGGGAGGGUCUCCUGUCUUCCUUUUUUUUCUUUCUUUUUUAGCUUGAAAUUUUCUUUUGAUGUUCAGCUUUUUGUUUUGAUUUCAAAUGGAUCUACACUGUUAACUGAAUGAGACUCCACUGUGAUUCACUCGUUUACUUAAUCAAAACAAUUUCAGGGAUGUCUGUAAAUUUCAGUGUUGUGCGCAAUGAGAAGGGCUGUUGGUUGACUUAAGGAGGGACCAGAAAUAAUUUCUACUAUUCCAAUACUGAAGGAAAAAAAAAUACUGAUUUAUACUGUUUUUAAAACUAAAUAUUGAUAAAGCCCCCCCUCAGAACAUUUAACCUUAAAAAUUAUUUUGAAUAUCGUCUUUUAUUAUUAGAAGGGGACUGCAAAUGACUGAUAAAUACCAAAAAGAUUCACAAGCAGCUUCAUUUAAAAAGCACAAAGAGGUUCUGGUGUGAAAUGCCCAAAUCUCAAAUGUUUUUUGUAGUUGCUGAGCUAAAUAAUGUGAUCCUUGAGUUUACAGAUGUAAAAGCUGUCACUGAAGGCUGCGGUACCUGUAUCUGGUGUCCCUGUGACCUACACUUCCACCACCCCAGAAACCCUGGUACUGAUAUGGUAACAUGGGGGAUACAGAGGCCAGUCUCAGAGGGGGUGAUCCACAGUUACCCAAAAGGGUCAGCUUUCAGAAAGGUCAAAAAAGGAAAGGCGAGUGGGAUAAUUACUUCACAGCAUAUUUACUCUCCAGGAAGUAAUCACAUAUGGGUUGAAAUUUUAGAAACAGAUGAUGAUCAUUUUGACCUCUGGUCAAAUCCUUGUACUUCAGAACUCGGAGGCGGACGUGGCAUCAUGUGGUGUUGUCUUCACUACAGGCGCGUGAAACUGCUGCCAAAAGCCAUUGUUCUCUUAGAAAGCAACUUCCUCUCGUUGACUGCAAAGUUCAGUUAGAUAAAGAAAACCUAUAUAUAUUUAAAAAUUAAUUUUCUUCCAGACUUUUGGAGGUUACAAUGAUAGCGUUUAAGUUUGAAUUGGUUUUGAAGAAGCAAGCUCUCCGAGUGUCAUAAUUCGAACGUCACAUUCAUUUGCCUCUUUGCUUUGAUGGUGGUUUGAUUUUUUUUUUCUUUUAAUAAAAUUACUAAACUUGUGCAAUAGUAGCAAGGACAUUACCUGAGGUGUCUUGUAUGAUUGUGCUUUAGCCAGGGUGGACAUAGCUUAAAUUAUAAACUAAAGAUGAAAGUACAAAGAAGUGUAACGUUCACGCUGCCUCCUCCCGAGAUAACGUUCAUCCUUCCUAACCACGUAGCAUAAUGCCACCGAUUCAUGGGACUCUAAAUGAAUUCUGUGGGUUAAUGCACCAGACUUACACGUGUCCAUUUUCAUCCAUGAUCCUUACUCUCUAACGUUCUUGGUCCUAUUGAAACAUUUCAGUAUCUAAACAUACUGCAAUGUUAAUACCCAAGAGAAAAGCCAUUACACGUAUGCUGGUCACGCGAUCAGCGUGGUACCGUUUUUUUUUUGUUGUUGUUGUUGUUGUUACUGUUGUUGUUUUGUCAUUUCUGUUUUUUAAAUAAACUAUCAUGCCCUUCAAGCCA